UGCCAUUUUGUUUCUUCCUCUUCUCCCCAACUUUGUAUGCCAUGAAGAUGAUCACAUCGCUGUACGCCACCAUGGGCACCACAUACCUGGGCACUCAACGUCGGCCGGAAGAGUCAAGAAGCCGGGAUCCCGGAUCGGAGUCUAGUCCUCGUUCGGACAAGUGGGGCGCAAAAGGAGCACUGCCAGUGCAAUCACAUCUCGCGCAUCGGCCAACGCUUGCCCGCGGGCUUAAUUAAAGUCCCUCUUUUUGAUCUGUCAGCCCUGAGGUUUUCUCGGGAGGGUUCAAUUGAUAUUUCUAGGUGUUCCUACGGUUCCUCCCUCGCGAUCGUCGCGUCCUUCUUUCCACCGAUAUCUCGAGCGCCGCGCAAUUUCUGCACUUCCCCAUGGCGGUCAACGCGAGCUUCGUCUCGCCAACGGCGGAUGCGAAAGUCGCCCACAUGAUACAACAGUUUGACACCAAUGGCCUCCUUUCUACCGUCUUCACCGGCUUCACCGUGUGGAAGCUUCUCCUGACACUUCUUGUCACGGCUGUGGUCUACGAUCAAUUCAAAUACAUCUGGAACAAGGGCUCGAUUGUCGGUCCUGCUUGGAAGGCGCCUUUCAUAGGACCUUUCCUUGAGUCUGUAAACCCAGACUUUACAAAAUAUUACGCAAAAUGGGCUUCGGGUCCUUUGAGCUGCGUAUCCGUCUUCCACAAAUUCGUCGUCAUUGCCUCGACACGCGACAUGGCGCGCAAAAUUUUCAAUUCGCCUGCCUUCGUCAAGCCCUGCGUUGUCGAUGCCGCCUACAAACUUCUUCGCCCUGAGAACUGGGUCUUCCUCGACGGUCGCGCCCACGUCGAUUACCGCAAGGGUCUGAAUAGCUUGUUCACCCGUCAGGCGCUCGAGCAGUACCUACCAGGUCAAGAGGAGAUCUACAACCACUACUUCAAGCGGUUCGUUCGCAUUUCGCAGGAGGAGAACAAGGGCAAGCACGUUCCUUGGAUGCAAGAAUUUCGCUUGAUGAUCACAGCCCUGAGCUGCCGGACAUUCGUUGGCCACUACUGCUCGGACGAAGCCGUCAAAAAGAUCGCCGACGACUACUACCUGAUCACUGCCGCGCUCGAACUUGUCAACUUCCCCAUCAUCCUUCCCUUCACCAAGAGCUGGUACGGCAAGAAGUGUGCCGACAUGGUUCUGGAGGAGUUCUCCAAGUGCGCCGCGAAGAGCAAGGUUCGUAUGUCUGCGGGUGGCAAGAAGGAAUGCAUUCUCGAUUUUUGGGUUGACAACAUGAUCCAAUCGGAUAAAUACCGCAAGAGGAUCGAGGCAGGCGAGAAGGUUGACGAUUCGGAGAAGCCAUCCACGGUCAUCCGCUGGUUCAGCGACCUCGAGAUUUCCAUGACCAUUUUCACAUUUCUCUUUGCCUCCCAGGACGCUACCUCCUCUGCCGCUACCUGGCUCUUCCAAAUCAUGGCCGACCGACCCGAGUUUCUUGUCAAGGUCCGCGAGGAAAACAUCAAGGCCAGAAACGGCGACAUUCAUGCUCCUCUCUCGCUCGAUGCGAUUGAGAAACUCCAGUGGACCCGCGCUGUUGUCAAGGAGACUCUACGCUACCGCCCACCUGUCAUCAUGGUUCCCUACCUUGCCAAGAAGGACUUCCCCUUGACUCCCGAGUACACUGUCCCCAAGGGCUCCAUGGUCAUUCCUACCACCUACAUGGCCUUACACGAUGCUGAAGCGUACCCGAAUCCUGACUCGUUUGAACCCGAGCGAUGGAUUACUGGUAAUGCUGACCAGCAGACGAAGAACUGGCUCGUGUUCGGUACUGGCCCGCAUUACUGCUUAGGCCAAACGUACGCGCAGGCCAACCUCAUGCUCAUGAUUGGCAAGGCGAGUAUGAUGCUCGACUGGGACCACAUGGUCACCGACAAGAGCGAGGUGAUCAAGGUGUUUGCUACGAUUUUCCCGAUGGACGACUGCUUCCUCACAUUCAAGGACCGAACAGCAUAGACUGGCUUGGCUAUUAUUAAACCCUAUUUGAUGCCCACUUUCAGCGAUUCUUGCAUUGCAUCCGUAGGUUCUGGAGUACAAAGUUUGGCUUUUCUUUCUUUCAAGGGUAGAGGCAAAACACGCUCUAUCCUUGCCCACUAGUUAUAAUGAUUACACCCUUAGCGCUCUCUUGUGAGUAGCUCGGUGGCUUGAUGAGUAUAUUCAGAGUAUGAUAGUGUAAUACUGGGCUGAAGGAAGGGGACAAAAGGGACAUGUACCGGAUACAGUUAAUGGCAGGAAAUGAUAUUAAAAGUUCACAUAACC